UUAAAGCUAAACUAGUUUAGCUUAGCUUCUGCAGCAGCCUAUCAGAGGGAGGCUGAGCUCCAGCCGAGAGUGAAUUUAUAGAUUAUUAAUAGUUUAAUAUUAUAGAUUAUGAUUGUGAGGAAUAUUAUUAACAGUAAAUGUGUAUUACUGGGUUUCCACAGACACAGAAAGCGGAGUGUUGAUUAGCUGGGUUAGCUUAGCGUAGCUUUCUCUACAGGACUCUACAGGGUUCUUUAGCUUAGCUUAGCCAAACAGCUAACUAGCCUAGCCUAGCCCAGCUGUAAUUAUUAUAUUAUAUUAAUAUUAAUAAUCAGAUUAAUAAUCAUGCUGAGUUUUAUUACAGCCCGGCAGAUCGGACUGGAUCCCCCGGUUCGGCUCAGACGCGCAGAAUCAGCCCGCAGGGUUCUGAGUUUGGAGUUAAAUCAUGAUCGAGAGGUGGAGAGAAUUCAUGGGAACGGAAUCAACACUAUAGAUAUAGAAGUGAUAGAGGGCAGAUACAUGUUGUCUGGAGGAUCAGAUGGGGUGAUAGUGAUCUAUGAUCUGGAGAAUAACAGCAGGAAGCUGCAGUACACCUGUAGAGCAGUCUGCACUGUGGGCAGGUCCAGUCGUCAUGUGCACAGGUUCAGUGUGGAGACGGUUCAGUGGUAUCCUCACGACACCGGCAUGUUCGUCUCCAGCUCAUUCGACAAAACCAUGAAAGUGUGGGACACAGAGACACUCAAGCCGGCGGAGGUGUUUCAGUUUGAGGGGAAUGUGUAUUGUCACCACAUGUCUCCCAUCGCCCGGAAACACAGUCUGAUAGCAGUCGGUACUAAAGACCCUAAAGUUCAGCUGUGUGAUCUGAAGUCCGGCUCUCGUAUUCACAUCCUGCAGGGUCACAGGGGGGAGGUGCUGUCGGUCAGGUGGUCUCCACGCUACGAACACAUCCUCGCCACAGCCAGUGCUGAUAGCAGGGUGCGAGUGUGGGACGUCCGGCGAGCCUCUGGGAGUCUCUUUACUUUGGACCAACAGAACGGAGACCAAUCUAAAACCUCUACUGAAACAGUGAACACGGCUCAUGACGGGCGAGUGAACGGUCUGUGCUUCACCCACGACGGUCUGUAUCUGCUCACCACCGGCACCGACGACCGGAUGCGCCUGUGGAACAGCUCCACCGGAGAAAACACGCUGGUGAAUUAUGGGAAGGUGGUUAAUGAGAGCCGUAAGGGGGUUAAGUUGACGGUGUCGCAGGGCUGCAGUCCGGAGUUCGUGUUCGUGCCGUGCGGGAGCAGCGUGAUGGUGUACGCUCUGCACACGGGGGAGAUGAUCACCACGCUGAGGGGGCACUACAACAACGUAGACUGCUGUGAGUUCCACCCCGACUAUCAGGAGUUGUACAGUGGGGGGAAGGACUGUAAUAUUCUGGCCUGGGUUCCGGUGCUGCGAGGACCCGAUACUGAAGAUGAAGAAACUGCUAAAGUGAAGGGUGGAGCGAGUGCUGCUGUUAACCCUGCGUUUGAAGACGCCUGGAGCAGUGAUGAAGAUUAAUCGAGAUUAAAUGAGAUUAAAUGGUGAAGUUUGAUAACAGGACUCUGACUGUUCCUCACAGACGCUGUUCACUACAGAUCUCAGUGGUGAUGCCGAGAAUAUCGAACUGAAGAAUCUAUUUUUCUGGUUUAAGUUUGAUUUUGUAUAAAUGUGGGAAUUUACUGUAGCUUCAAAAGUUUGGACACUCCUGCUCAAAAACACACAAAGGACUCGCCAACAUGACCCCGCCCACAUGACCCCGCCCACAUGACCCCUCCCACAGGACUCGCCCACAUGACCCCGCCCACACGACCACGCCCACAUGACUCCUCCCACAGGACCCGCCAACAUGACCCCGCCCACAUGACUCCUCCCACAGGACCCUGCCAACUUGACCCCGCCCACAGGACUUCACUCACAGGAGCUAACCACAGGGCCCCACCCACAUGACUCCUCCCACAGGACCCCGCCCACAGGACACUGCCACAGGGCCCUGCCCACAUGACUCCUCCCCCAGGACCCCACUCAGGGACUUUAUGUACAGGACUCUGCUGCUGUAAGUGAAGGUGUGUUGUUUACCUGCACUGAGUGAGUCUCCCUCAUUUGCAUAAACUUUGCCUGUGACACGAAUCUGAACUGAGAUCUGUUCAUUAAAGCUGAGCUAUAAAAAAUAAAUAAAGUAAAAGACUGAGAGAAAA